UCUGAUGACAUCACACCGUCACCGUCACUCACCCGCUCGGACAGCAGCACAGAGAGCUAGCUCGCGUCGGACUCAGAGGAACUAGUUGGUGGGAGCGCGCACGGACGGUUUCCCACAACAUUCACCCUUCGUGCAGGAGCCACUUUGAAAGCGCUGGAUCUCACCUGCUUGAUUUCAAUUCAAAACAGACUCGAUACCAGAAGGGAGACAAAAGUAAAGGACGCUCGCAGCGGAGAAUCUCCGUCGGACCUCUGAGGUGUCCUGUACUCCCAAGUUGUGCCGAGGGGAAAAGUCUGGACUCGCAUACUCCAGCGUCGGUCCUCUGUUCAGGGGUUUCGCUACAUUAUUCGUGUUCCGACACAUUGACUGCCUGCUCUUUUGUUUUUUGAAAAGGGACUUUAUCGCCAUGUCGAGACAUUACGCUGGAGAUUGCCAUGGCUCCUCCAGAAACACAGGACUCGUCAUCUUGGCCACGUUUUUAUUUAUUCACGGCGGGCUGGGCCAGCGGGUGAAGGUGGAGACGGAGGUCCUGUCCUACCCAGGCCAGACGGUGAACCUGCGCUGUUCCUUCAAUGACCCCUCCGGCAUCCAGCUAACUCAGGUGACUUGGAUCUACGAGCCUGUUGAGGGCGAGAGGGUCAACAUCGCCGUCUACCACCCCAACUUCGGCGCCCACUUCCCGGAGACGCCGCAGAAGGGGCGGGUCACCUUCGUCACCAACCCCCCCUCCCUGCCCAACCCCUCCAUCCAGAUCAGCGACGUGAAGAUGAGCGACGAGGGGAAGUACAUCUGCGAGUUCGCCACCUACCCCAGUGGCAACGAGCUGGGCACCACCUCCCUCAUCAUGCUAGCCAAGCCUAAGAACACGGCGGAAGCGGUGACGGCGGUCGCCGGCACCAAGCCUGCCGUGGUGGCCCGGUGCCAGUCUGCAAACGGCCGCCCGGAGGCCCUCAUCUCCUGGGUGACCACCGCCAACGGCAACGCCUCCACGGUGCCCAAAACAGGCGCUGACAACAUGGUGACGGUGGUCAGCGAGUACCUCCUGGUUCCCACCGCCGCCGACAACGGCAAAGACAUCAGCUGCGUGGUGACGCACCGCACGCUGACCAAGCCCGAGAGCUUCCCCAUGAAGCUGGCUGUGGAAUACCCGCCUAAGGUGACCAUCAUUGGCUAUGACAACAACUGGUACGUCGGUCGCACCAACGUGGAGCUCACCUGCCAGGCCAACGGCAACCCCCACCCCACCACGGUCAAAUGGAGGAUCCUGACGGGAGAGAUGCCCGACACAGUGGUCCUCAAGGAGCACAAGCUCACCGUGCUGAAGGUGGACGAGGCCGUCAACACCACCUUCAUCUGCGAGGUCAAAAACCGCCUGGGCACGGGCAAGGAGCAGGUCACCGCCCUGGUCAGAGAACCCCCAACCAACCCGUCCAAUGCCGGCGUGGUAGCGGGCGUGGUGAUUGGCUCCCUCCUGGUCCUUCUCCUUGUGGCGGCUCUCAUCGCCGUCCUCGUCACACGCAGCCGUAAACAGCAGCAGGGUUACCGCGGCAACGGCGCCAGCGACAUCAAGUCGCGCAUCUUCGGCGGCAAGAAGGCCAGCAAGAACGGCACGGGGGGCGGCGGGGUGGUGAGCGGCGGCGUCGGGGGCGGCGGGGGCAACAACAACGGGCCCGUCUACAUGUACAACGAGAGCGCCGCCCACCAGGGCGAGAAGAACAACCACCACCAGCCCCUCAACGUGGGGGGGGCAGCCACCGCGCCCAGCGCCCAGGACAUCCUGCUGAGCAGCGAGCUGGACGAGGCAGAGAGGAUGAAGUUUGACGAGUUGGAAGAGGAGGACGAGAGGUACGACCACUUUGCGGGUGGGGCCCCCAUCCUGCAGCUCCGCCCACCGCAGGAGCCAGAGGACAUGAUUGGCGGUUACCUGGACGACGACAUGGAGUCCCAGCGAGACGGCUCGGUGAUCUCCCGGACUGCAGUUUACGUCUAGCGGAGGACGCGGGCCAGGGAAGAGAUGGGGGGAGGGAGGGAUGGAGUGAGGGAAAGGAUGGAGGAUCCUCCCUGGGGAUUUUCGAGUCUUAAACAUGUUUGACGAAGAAGCAAAGAAAACCACUUUUAUUUUUGAAAAAUAGUUUAUCAAAGCGCAGCCCCAGAAUGGACUGAGUGAGCCAGCGUCAGAGCAGUCGAUUAUUUCUUAAAGGGGAGUCUGGAAAGCUUUGACGACACCGCCUCAGUACAGCAAAUGGAGUUGGGAGCACAUUCCAAAUAGUAAAAGAAAAAAAGGAUAAUAAAAAAACACUAAAACAGAUAUUUCUCGCACCCUGGGCCCCGAAGCCUCUGCUCAUCUACCAUUAGGACUCGGACCUUGACAAGGACUCUGAAUAAAGCAACACAGAGGAACCUGUCUGUGUGGGUGAAAGGAUAAAUGCCUCCUUAUCCAACCCUGGGCAGACAUGUCUCUCCGAGUUCAAUCCUGUUUUCGGCCCGACUUAAGAAUAGUGUAAUCAAGGAAAAGUCAAACUGCCCAAUCGUUUGUUGUUUUUCCUUUACCUGCAAUUCCAAGUUUACCUUCUUUGUUUCCUUGGGUUAUAUGUUGUGCUGUUGCAAAUAGUGGUUAUCCUGUGUGUGUGUGUGUGUGUGUGGGUGCGGGGGGGGGGGGGGGGGGGAAUACAUUGUGUACACUUCAAACAAUAGAACACAUCUUGUGGUUUAGGGAGGUGAAAUUAUGCUAGCUCUCUGUUUAAUUCAUUCACUUUUACUCUCUUUAGCAAAGGUCUCCCUCGCUUCAAUGUAGAGUGUGUCUCCAGUAGGCUACUGCUGCUGAACACAUACAUGCAUGCUGCUGGCAGCCCGGACCCACAGCGGCCCUAAGAACGGCAGGUUGGGCGAGUUUGGAGUUUAAAUUAGGUUGUCAACAACAUGUUUGGCACGCAUGCUAACUAAACAGUGGCUGAAGGGGCUGGAGGUGCUACCGUGGGUGGGGGGAGGGAAACAAACGCUUAGCAGGACCGAUGCUAGUGGGUGACGGUUGGACGGAGAGGAGAAGGAGAAAGGGAACGCUCCUCCUUUCCUGCUGUCCUCCUCGUCCCCUCUCCUGACAGGGGGGGGCCGGGUUGUUAAUGAGCCAUGACGUGGCCCGCUUAGACGGGGACCAACAGAUUGCCACCGCUUAUCGUUUAUGACGCUGCGAUUCCACCGCCCCCUCCCACUCACUUCCUCCCCUCCCCACUUUUUCUCUCUCCUCUCUCUCUUCAUCCCCCUCUCGUACUGUUUAUGGGGGAUGUGGUGAUUUAUCCCGGGUAGUGAAGAGGUCAGGGCCACGGAGGGCAGAGGAAGUGUAUUUCACUGCUCCCAAUGUGUCAAAAGCGCCGCUUACGCCACUCAGCCCCAGCCUUCCCCAUCAAGCCAGGCCUGACUAAUCCACCCAGUCUUGCAAUCCGCGUGCCAUUGCAGAUAACCGUCUGUGUUUUUGUCCGCACUCAAUUGCCGCAGCCUCUCUCCGUACUUUAGUAAAUGAGCCCCCCCCCCCCCCCCGUGCACGCGCCCCCUUCUCGGCAGAGCGCUUGUGUUGGGUUGAAUAGACCUCUAAUCGGAUAAUGUCAUAUUUCCGUCCAUUAGUGGAUGGUUUUUAACAUAGCAAAUUGAUCGGUGGAAGUCAAAGGUUGCGUCCACAGCGCGGCCCGGGGAGUCGUUUAGCUGGCGGCUGCGAGUGCUGGAACGGCCUUUUAUGACGGAGCCGCUCGGCUGAUGGUCUCCUAACUGUGCAUUAGCUGCUAACGAGCCACCGGGGGGCCAUUGGCGUCUGACAGCACCCAUGACGAGUGUUCACGGACUGGUUACCUGGUGUGUGCGGCAAUACGAUUAUCAAUGAUAUCCAAAGCACGUUUGGUUCGUUACAAUUUGUAAGGGCCCGUUCUGAUCUUCCGCCCAAGAGGAUGUUAUGAUAGACGCAAAUGCACAACAGAAUCAUGACCUGUGCUGUUAUUCUCAUUUCAGUGACGGUUAACUCUUG